AUGGGAAAUCUACUACAGUUCGCCGUUGCAGCGGCCCGGGAGAUGGAUCAUACAACUCUUGCAGCGCUGUUGGUGGCUCUUGUUUCAGUAUACGGUCUUCUCACAACUUUUUACCGACUAUUUCUUCACCCAAUACGCCAUAUCCCCGGGCCGAAGCUGGCGGCCGCUUCGUAUAUUCUGGAAUUCUACUACGAUGUGAUCAAAGGUGGCAAGUAUGUUUUUGAGAUCGAACGGAUGCACGAGAAAUACGGUCCUAUCGUACGGAUCAAUCCGCAUCAAGUUCACAUCAACGACCCGGACUUCUAUGACGAGAUCUAUGCACCAAGCAGCAAAAAGCGAGACAAGGACCCCACGUUUGUCCCCAAGUUCGGAGCCCCGGUAUCUGUGAUUGCGACUGUUCCGCACGAACACCACCGCAUCCGCCGGUCGGUCCUCAGCUCGUUCUUUUCCAAGCGCUCGGUGGUCAACCUGGAGCCCAUCAUGCAGGAGAAAAUCGACCUCCUCGCUGGCCGUCUGGUGGAGGCGCAGCAGACUAGCGCUGUGGUCAAAUUGGAAUAUGCUUACGCCGGACUGACCGCAGACGUGAUCAGCCACUACUGCUAUGGUGUUAGCGAAAAGUACCUCGAGGAUCACUGGCCUCACAAUGAUCUCAAGGAUGGGCUGUCCGGACUCGGCCACUUUGGACACUUGUUCUACUUCUUCCCGUUGUUGGUGUCUCUGACGCAAAAGUUACCGUCGUCUCUGGUGAAGUCCCUGGAUCCCGCCGCAUACGCCUUCGUGAAAUUACAACAGAAGCUUCUACGAGCCGCCAAAAUGACCAUCCAGCAACAAAGUAAGCGAGAGGGACGGGCUACCAUCUUCGAUGCACUCGUGGAUCCCAGCCUCCCACCCAAGGAGAGAACCGUGGACCGGCUCGCGCAGGAAGCAGUGAUUGUUUUGGGUGCCGGCACAGAAACCACGGCCAACACCCUCACCGUCGCGUCGUAUCAUCUUCUCAAGAACCGGGACGUGCUGCUGAAGCUGCGGGAAGAGCUCAAGACACUUAUGCCGACGCCCUCUUCCAAGGCCAGUUGGUCCCAGCUGGAACAAUUGCCCUACUUGACGGCAGUUGUGCAGGAGUCGCUACGGCUCGCCCUCGGCUCCACCAUGAGAUCCGGCCGCGUCGCGCGCGAGACUAUUAUGUAUAAAGACUACGCCAUUCCGUCCGGGACCCCGAUGAUCAGUGCACAUCCAUUCACCUUACUCAACCCUUCCAUAUUCCCGGAACCUCGGAAGUUCAAUCCAGAUCGCUGGAUCGACGCCGCCGAGAAAGGGGAACGGCUCUCAAGAUACGCCAUUGCCUUCUCCAGGGGAAGUAGGGCAUGCCUGGGAAUGAACAUGGCCUACUCAGAGUUGUACUUGGCGUUGGCAUUGUUCGCUCGCCGGUUUGAAUUUGAAAUCCACGAGACCACGGACGCCGACCUCCGGUGGUGUGCAGACUAUAUGGUUCCAUACGGGCCUGAUGGUCCAUGGAGCGUGAAGGUCAAGGUCAAAGAGGUCCUACAAGAAUAG